AUGAGGCCUCUCUACAACGAUCAACGAUUUCUUACAAAGAGAUUGAAACGUGCAGGCGGAGUUGGUGUAGCGUCGGCGAGUGACAAAUGGCCCGGUGGACGAAUUCCUUAUGUGCUAUCUGCUGCCUACACGGAAAAGCAGCGUGCAGUAAUAGCACGAGCAAUUGCUGGCUAUCAGACGAAGACAUGUAUUCGUUUCGUGCCGAAAACUGCUCAGGAUCGCGAUUUCAUCGUCAUCUCUAAGCUGGAUGGGUGA